GUGCUUGUGUGUGUGUGUGUGUGUGUGUGUAUAUGUGGUGCGUGCGCUAAUGUGUGUGUGUGCAUGCAGUGCCUGGCUCUCUUCAGUGUGGACAGAUGGCUGCCGGGUGACUGUGAGCUUCAUCCAGAGGCUCAGCAUACUCACAGGUCAGCUUAGUGUGCUGAUGUCAUCCCUCGGGACCUCUCUGGGUGGGAUACCCGGUCACACCCCCCAUUGACAUCUACAGGCUCCCGGGUUCAGCCCAGAAUAGCGCAUCACCAAUCCAAUUAUGUAGGGCAGUGGUCCCAUCUAUUCUUGGGGGUUCGACUGCCUGUGUAUGUCACUGGUUGAGCAAGGCAUUAAUAAUCACAGGGUUAAAGGUUUGACUCCCGGUGUCGGUCAACUGCUAGAGCAAGGCAGUAGCACUGCCAGGGUUAGGGCUUCAAUGCCCACUGGCAUCACGGUGGACCCUUUGAUCCAAAGCGACUUAUAUUUGAUUCAUUUAGAUGCAUAUCAGUGUGAGCCGGCAUAUGUUGGACAUUUUCAGUCGUGAUUCCUUUCCUUUAUGAAAUCGUAGUUUAAUCAAACAAAAGGUUGCUCCCUGUUGCCCACUGCUGUGUAGACCUGUCUCUGAGUAGAUCUGUCUCUCUGUAUAGAUCUAUCUCUCUGUAUAGAUCUGUCUCUCUGUAUAGAUCUGUCUCUGUGUGUAGAUCUGUCUCUCUGUAUAGAUCUGUCUCUCUGUGUAGACCUGUCUCUCUGUAUAGAUCUGUCUCUGUGUGUAGAUCUGUCUCUCUGUAUAGAUCUGUCUCUGCGUGUAGAUCUGUCUCUCUGUAUAGAUCUGUCUCUCUGCUCUUUGUUUUCUGUGUGAAAAACACAACUAUUUAAAGUGUUCCUUAUUAUCUCAGAUGUGCGUCUACGUUAAAUGAUAAGUUACUCAUUGCGUACAUGUAUGUGCACUAUAACCCUCUUCUGUUUUACUAAUCUAUGAAUCAUGGUGCGUGUUUGAUUCUAACUUUAUUCCACCCUUCUGCAGGUACAUCGCUGCCAAACGACACAACGCACACCACCAACUGUGACUCCUCCGGACUGGGCUGUCCAGCCUCUACUUCUCCCACCAACCCAUCGUCCACUGACUCCACUAACAUCAUCCAUGCUACUAAUGUCAUCUCCCACGCAAUCUUCUCCAUUCCUCCAUCCUUGUCCAUCGUCCCCACCACAAGCAUGCCUCUAACCCCACCCUCCAACACCAGCACCACCUCCUCCAACUCCUCCUCAACCAUAUCCACUACCACAAUCCCGGCCCGACUCAGCUCCCCAUCCUCUGCUUUCGCCAGCGCUAGCAGCGCCAUCCCCGCUAUCGCAGUCGCUUGCCCCUCCCCUGCUGAUGCUAAUGCUACCAUCACGCACCCAGCCACUGCCCCGACUCCAGCCAGUGACACAUCCACCCUUUCCUCCGCUACAACUAACCCACCAGUUACUAACCCUCCUCCCCCGCAUGAGGGCCUGUUCUACAGGGUGUCUUUCGUGGUGGAGGACGAGGACUCUGAACUGGAUCAGGGCGAUCUGGAGCUAUCAGUCCUGCAGUGGCUGAACGAAACGUUUGAGAGCUGGAGUGAUGGUGUCUACAUAGAUUACUUAAGUGUACUGGCAGCCUCAAAGCAGAGAACUUCCAGCUACACCCUCCAGGCCCUGCUGGUGUACAGCCACAGCACCAACGACAGCCUGGGGGAGGCGCUGGUCUCCUCCCGGCUGUCCAGCAGCGGCGGGUCCAUGGGCCGGGGGCUGCAGCUCCAGACUGACAGCAUCCAGGUCAAGGCCAUCGAGCACUGUCCGGAGGAGAGUCCUCUCCACUACCGCUGGCCCAAGACCCGGCCCACCACCACCCAGCAUCUGCCCUGCUUCCCCAACAAGGAGGUCAAGACGUCCAGGACCUGUAUGAUCAGCUCUCAGAACCUGUCGUCCUAUUGGUCCGCCCCAGACCUCAGCAACUGUACCGACAUUGAUAACAUCGAGCUGUCAGCAGAGAAUGCAGCGGAGGUGGCGGUGCAACUUGCUGACAUCACAAACAAUGCGCUGUCCGAUGAAGAGGUGUCUAAGGUGGUGACGAAGGUGAAGGAGCUGGUGAACCUAGUGAAGGUCAACUUCACGCUGGCCUCGACUGUGGUCACCAUCAUCUCCAACAUCAUGACGGGCUCAGAGAGCAUGCCGGCCGCCGCCUCCGAGAAGGUGCUGAGGACAGUGGAUGACCUGGUCCAGAAGAUAGAGUUUGAGGGUCCGUCUGUCAUGAUCUCCUCCAGACACCUGGCGGUGGCAGUCUCAGCUCUGAACGCCAGCAGCUUCAAUGGGACCUCCUUCAGCGCCUCCAUCCCCCCCAACAACACAGACCCCCAGAUCAACUUUGAGACGGACAGCGGUCAUCCUCUUGCCCAGGUGACCCUCCCUGCAUCCCUGCUGACCAGUGACAGCCUGUCUGAGGCGGAGCGGGACACAGUCGACAGGAUCAACUUCAUGUUCUUCAGCAAGAACAACUUCUUCCAGGGGGAGCAGGACGGUCUCUCUCUGAACAGCUACGUGGUGGCGAGCAGCGUGGGAAACCAGUCCAUCAGCAACCUGCCGGAACCCAUAGAGAUACACAUCACACACCUGUUCUACCAGCCCUCCCCGAACCCAGUGUGCAUGUUCUGGGAUUUCACCAUGAAAGAUGGGGACGGAGGCUGGAACAGAGAAGGCUGCAGGGUUUCCCCAUUGUCCAAUCACAACAAGACUGUCUGCUUGUGUGACCAUCUCACACACUUUGGCAUCCUCAUGGACAUCUCCGGAGCCGCACCCCAGAUCGACCAGAGGAACACCAAGAUCCUGACCUUCAUCACCUACAUCGGCUGCGGCGUGUCGGCCAUCUUCUCAGCGGCCACCCUGCUCACCUACCUCGCCUUCGAGAAGCUGCGUCGCGACUACCCUUCCAAGAUCCUGAUGAACCUCAGCACUUCCCUGUUGUUCCUCAACAUGGUGUUCCUAUUGGACGGCUGGCUCGCCAGCAUGGACGCCGAUUGGCUGUGCGUCUCGGUGGCCGUGUUCCUGCACUACUUCCUGCUGACCACCUUCACCUGGAUGGGCCUGGAGUCCAUCCACAUGUACAUCGCUCUGGUGAAGGUGUUCAACACGUACAUACGCCGAUACAUCCUCAAGUUCUGCCUCGUGGGAUGGGGUCUUCCGGCGGUGCUGGUGAGCGUGGUGGUGGCAGUGGACAGGAAGUCGUACGGCAGGCAGGAGUACGGCAGAGGAAGUCCAGGAGAGGAGACGCAGGGGUCCUCAGAGUUCUGCUGGAUCCAGAGCCCGGUGGUGUUCUACAUCACGUGCGUGGGCUACUUCUGCCUGGUGUUCCUGAUGAACGUGGCCAUGUUUGUGGUCGUCAUGCAGCAGAUCUGCGGCCGCAACGGCAAGCGCAGCAACCGCACGCUGAGGGAGGAGGUUCUGCGUAACCUGCGGAGCGUCAUCAGCCUGACCUUCCUGCUUGGUAUGACCUGGGGCUUCGCGCUGUUCGCCUGGGGCCCCGUCAACGUGGCCUUCAUGUACCUUUUCGCCAUCUUCAACUCUCUACAAGGUCUGUUCAUCUUUGUGUUCCACUGCGCACUCAAAGAAAACGUCCAGAAGCAAUGGAGAAGAUACCUCUGCUGUGGCAAACUCAGACUGGCAGACAACUCAGACUGGAGUAAGACGCCCACUAACAACACAAAGAAAGUGAGCUCGGAGAACCUGGGGAAGUCUCUGUCCUCCAGCUCCUUCAGCUCCACCACUGCCACCUGGACCUCCAAGGCCAAGGCAACCCUCUACCCCUUCAACAAGAGACACAGCAACACAGGUAAAGGUUUCUACAACCAGGCUAGCCCCAAGUGUGCGUCCUCCUGCUCCUCAUCCUCCGAGCCGGAGACAUCCCCCUCGUCCUCCUCCAACUCCAUCCUGCCCGUCAGCCAGAUGAUAGACAAGGUCAAAGGUUACUGCUCUACUCGCUCAGACAACUUCUACAAGAACAUCAUCCUGUCUGACAGCUUCAGCAACAGCACCAAGUUCUGAAGCUUUUGCAAGACUCUCUCCCUCUCCCUCUCCCUCUCCCUCUCUCUCUCUCUCUCUCUCUCUCUCCCUCUCCCUCUCCCUCUCUCUCUCUCUCUCUCUCUCUCUCUCUCUCUCUCUCUCUCUCAUUCUCUGACCUUGUUUAAUCCUGUGUACCAAUCCUGAGGUUCCGCAAAACAGUCUCAGAAUGUGCAGCUCAAAUUGUUUUGUUUUUUUCAUCAACCGUUUUGUUGGCGGCAUAUUCAUGAAAGUUCUGGAAUGUCAAGCACCUCUUGCUUCCCAUUGGCUGACACAGCCAGCAAGCAAUUUUGAUAUAUUUGAUAUUUGCCAUGUUUUUAUAUUUUUCCCCUACAGUUCAGACUCCGGCCCUGGUAGUUUUUUGCGGUGUGACAAUCAAAAUGUCUUACGUUUUGACUUACUGAGUUCACCUGAAUCCAAGAAAAAAUACCAAAACUAAACAUUAGGCAUAUAAAGUUGUAUUUGGACCUGGCCCUGCUUCAAAUAUGUAUUAUUUCGGCAAGCAUCUAUCUUUAGUUGUAGUGAAUACGGACAACAUAAUCUCAGAUCAGUGGCAGUCCUAUUGUGUUAUAGCAGAACUUCUGGGGGAGAAGGCACAGAGCCUGGGCCAAAUCAAGGGGCAAAGAUACACCUUUUUUCCUGUUUCAUAACCGAAAUAUUCUAUUGAAGAAAACUCAGAUUGCAGCAACAUGAUUGGUCGAUACAAAUAUAAAGUAUAUAUAUAUAGUAUAUAAAGUACAGAAAGUGACACGCCCGUAGUCACAGAUAUGACCUUUUCUGCCAUCAGACUUAACAUUAAUCUAAAAUCUGAUUUGAGAGACUAGGGACAAUGUAACACGACUUCCAAUAUGUUCAUAUGUGUCAAUUUAGAGAAUACAAAGAAUUAUAUUUGAAACAUACAUAUUCUGUAACUUUAAGUGGUGGGAACAUAGUUGUGCGGUGAAUAAACAUAUUCACUACGGAAAAACCUCAGACGUGGACAGCCCAUGGCCUCAUCUCUCUGAUGUUCUCCAACCAAUUCUCCCUGAAACUCUGGUUCGGAACCCCUGUAGUGAUUUCUCACAACUGGAGGUUGUCAUGAAUACUUCAGCCUUACCCUGAACCUCAGCUUUACCCAGGCUUCACCUCACAGAGGAAUUUCUUGAGCAACUUUCAGAUUUGACCUUCCUAGUCACCAGCUCUUAGUGAGGGUCAUCAGAUUGGAUGCAGUUCAACAUUAUUAAUUUAUUUUACAUUUGAAUUACUUCCUUCAUUGAAUAAUGCAAUAGUUGCCACCCAUGCCAUUUAACAGCGCUAAACGUAACCCCCGACAGACUAUCUCAAUACAGUGUCAUUGUUAUGUAAAAAUGAGCCUUAUAUAUCAAGCACAAUCUGUUGAUGCAAUCCUUCCCAGACUUUAAGUGACUUACCUGGGAUUUAAACGGACCAUAAAGUUAAUGUUAUGUUUGUCGGUAAAGGAUAUUUAAAAAGUAUUUCCGAUCGCAUAAAGUUUUUCUUGGAAUCCACUGUUGUUCUCUAUUAUCCCCAUUGGUGGUCAGUUGGGGCGGGGCGCUGUUCAGGCUGCUUUCAGAGAAGAAACCAGCGGGGAAAUAAAUGACAGAUAAGAUAGAUAAGUAGUUUGCUAAUCACUCAAAUGUUUUUCAUUAUUUUCCCUCUAUCUAAAUACUGUGAGGUUUAAUGUCAAAACUGGUCAUGUGCAAAGCCACAAUUUGUGUAAAUAUCUUAUUUUAAGUGUCUUCUUUCUUCAUUACCUUAUAUGUGCCUGGAUGGUUGCUGCCGUUUUUUUACAUUUCCAUUUAUAAUACAAUGUGAUGCAGUAGAGCAGUGGAUGGGUCUUCUGCCAGCUUUAGAGCGAGCCCAAAGGUUCACUGCUAGCCAAAUGUAUGUCCCUAGCACCGCCAUUUUUGGUAUUUUGUGGUUUGUGUUUUUUUUUGCUAGCAAGUGCAUUCUGCUCUAUUAUACACAUCCAUUGUAGCUAGUAUUUUUUUCACAAAGGGAAGUAAUAUUAUACUUUUUUAUUUUAUUUCUCAAACAUACUUGACUGUCCUACAGAUUUCCAUACACAUGACUACUGAUAAUCUUUGUAGAAACACGAUGUCGUUCUUUGGUCCAACUUUACUUUCUUUGUUGUUAAUGUUUCUGUUUUGUCCAUCACAAUAUCACUCUGUUACAUAAGAUAUAAGGUAUUUUUCAUUGAUUCAAAUAUUUUGAAGCAAAUCAUUCGUCAUUCACAGUUUCCCGCUCUAUGAAUCACAAUUGUAGAUGGAGAAAAUAAAUGUAUAUCUUCAGUGUUUAAUUAAAUGUGUUUUGUUGUUUGUUUUGUUGCUUCAUAAAACAGGGACAAUAAUUAUAAUUAUUUGAAAAAGGCUCCUUUUUUUAACAAAUGUUCAUCAGUUAUUUGCUUUAUAUGCUAUACUCUGUAAAAAUGAUAUCCGAAAAGUGCUUUCUUUCUUUACCGUAAAAAUCUUGAUAUGUUUGUGAAACUGUUUUUGGAAGCUAUAAAGGAGUCAUGUCAUGGUU